UACUAAACUCAAACAAAUUUAUUUAUUUAAACAUUUCCUACAACCUUGAACAACAAAACAAUAGGAGGUUUAGAUUUUUAUAAGGAAAAGUCGUCCCCAAUUUUAUUUAUUUCCAAGAUGGCACCUGUAAGCCCAGUGCAGAAAAAAGUUUUCGAUCAACAAGCUGUUGAAAACUUUCGCGAAUAUUUACGAAUACCAUCAGUACACCCAAACAUAGAUUACGAGCCCUGCGUCAAAUUCCUUGAAAAUCAAGCCCGAAGUUUGGGGCUUCCCAUCAAAGUGUACCAUGUGGUACCCAAAAAACCCAUCGUGAUUAUAUCAUGGGUUGGAACUGAACCUUCCUGGCCGUCAAUUAUGCUGAACAGUCACAUGGACGUAGUCCCAGUUUUUGAAGAUAAGUGGACUCACAAACCAUUUGGGGCCGAAAUAGACGAACAAAAUCGCAUCUAUGGCAGAGGUGCCCAAGAUAUGAAAUCUAUAGGCAUACAAUAUUUGGAAGCUGUAAGAAGGUUAAAACACCAAGGAGUAACUUUGAAACGGACCCUCCACAUUUCUUUUGUCCCAGAUGAAGAGACUGGAGGGAUUGAUGGGCUAAAGAAAUUUGUUCACACUAAAGAUUUUCAAAAAUUAAACAUUGGGGUGACUCUAGAUGAAAGCGUGGCAAAUCCAAAUGAGGAAUGUAUCGUGUUUUAUGUCGAGAGGUGCAUUUGGCAAUUCCAAAUUCAUUGUACUGGAAAUCCGGGCCACGGAUCUCUACUUUUGGACAACACAGCCGGAGAAAAAGUUUCAUACAUUUUGAACAAAUUGUUCGAAUUUAGAACAGGUGAAAUGGAAAAAAUGAAAAAUAAUCCAAACAUGAUGCUUGGACAAGUGACUACAGUGAAUUUGACUCAAAUCAAAGGGGGCGUUCAGACCAAUGUGGUACCUCCAGAAUUUAUCCUAAUUUUUGACUGUCGUGUCACACCAUAUGCGGAUUUUGAUCAAUUUGAAGCGACUCUUCGUCAAUGGUGUAAAGAAGCGGGUCCUGGAGUAUCGAUAGAAUUUGAACUUAAACAAUCAAAAAUUCCUCCAACAAAAUUGGACGAUUCCAACCCAUAUUGGGUUGCUUUUAAGAAAGCGACAGAUAAAUUGGGGCUUAAACUCAAAGUGGAAAUAUGUCCAGGGGCUACUGACGCYCGAUAUGUACGAGGUGUUGGACUACCAGGAAUAGGUUUCUGUCCAAUGAAUAAUACCACAGUUUUACUUCAUGGCAAUGAUGAGUAUUUAAGUGUCGAAACUUUCUUAAAAGGGAUAGAAAUUUAUUCAGAAAUUAUGACUUCUCUCGGAAAUAUCGAAAACGAAACCAAAUAAAAUUUGUGCCUUUUUAGUGUAACAAACAAUACAAAUAAAAUACUUUGCAUUUU